CCUCUCAUUCUUCAAACACACCAUCAUUGAGAGAGAGAAAACUAAGAAAGCCAGAGCUCAGAGAGAGAGAGAGAGAGAGAGGGAGGGAGAUGGAGGAUACUGAAUCCAAGUUUAAGAGGGUUUGCGUGUUUUGUGGGAGUAGUUCAGGCAAGAAAGCCAGCUACCAGGAAGCUGCUGUUGAGUUGGCCAAGGAACUGGUUGAGAGAAGAAUUGAUUUGGUCUAUGGAGGUGGGAGCGUGGGGUUAAUGGGCCUUGUUUCUCAGGCGGUUCAUGAUGGUGGGCGCCAUGUUCUAGGAGUUAUCCCAAGGUCCCUAAUGCCCAGAGAGGUAACAGGAGAGCCUGUCGGGGAGGUUAGAGCUGUAUCUGAUAUGCAUCAAAGGAAAGCUGAAAUGGCUCGCCAAGCCGAUGCCUUCAUUGCCCUCCCUGGGGGCUAUGGGACACUAGAAGAAUUACUUGAAGUAAUUACAUGGGCUCAACUUAAUAUCCAUCACAAACCUGUGGGCCUCUUGAAUGUAGAUGGAUACUAUAAUUCGCUGCUGUCUUUCAUUGACAAGGCCGUUGAUGAAGGCUUUAUAUCGCCUGCCGCACGUCGCAUUAUCGUGUCUGCGUCCACAGCUAAACAAUUGUUCAGACAGCUAGAGGAUUAUGUGCCAGAACAUGAUGAAAUAACAGCCAAGUUGGUGUGGGGGGAGGUUGAUGAUAGACUGACCUGCGUGCCUGAAUCUGGGGUUGCCUAGUAAUCUCUUUGCUUGGGGGUAUAUACAACAUGGACUUCGGUUUUGCAUGCUUGCUCGGUGUGAUACAGGUAUAUACGGUCUUGUAUACCGUAGACAACAAGUCAACAAGCUUUGAGAAGAAGAGCUUUUUGGGUUUCUUUUUGACAUUGAGUCAGCUCUGAUGUCUCGAAGUCCAAUAUAUAUAAUGUAAUGGAAAAGGAGCUCCUCCCCUUUUGCCCUUUUGUGAAAACUUGGAAGGAAGAAAUGGAAUCAAUUCAGGCUUUUUUAUAAUUC